AUGACGUAUGUAUCCAAAUUAGUCAGCGAGUAUUGGAAAAAUGAAUCAGAACAGGUUAAAAGUGCAUAUAAAAGGAUUGCGGAAGAAGUAGAGGAAAAAUUGAAUGAAGCGAGAAUAAAGGCUUUAGUCUACCCAGAUGCUUCACAAAAACAAAAUGAUCAAAAAAAAGCAAAGAAAACUCGCAAGAGACGCAAUCGUAAUAAUAAUAACGUUCAAGA